CAAUCUCCUGUCAUUUUGUGACAACAAAACUCAAAAGUAAAUUAUCGACAAAACUAUGCAAUUCUCUUUUAAUUAUUACUUAAUAAUUACGGUACAAUGGUCAUUACAUUGAAGACGAGUUAUUUGUUAAAAGUAGUAGAAUAUAUGUGCAACUGAAAGUAAUAAUAAUACAGUAAGAUUCGAAUGUGUUCAUUAUCAUGGCCUUCACGAAUAGUACAAAAAUCAACUCGAAUGACAAUAAAUUACUUCAAGAGACCAGUAGCUUAAAUAAACAAUUCAUAUGUGAUUAUUGUGGCAAGAUUAUGCGGUAUCGAUACGCAAUAAUUGAACACCUAAACACUUGUAAUGCUAGUUAUAGUACGUAUACAACGUGUAUGUGGUGUAAUAUCAAAUUUAAAAAUCGAGGGAAUCUAGUCAUGCAUACAUUACGUGUUCACGGAGACAGUGCAAUGAAGCCCGCCAGAGACAAUGCGUGCACCGUCUGCCCUUUAACAUUCAGAACUCCCGACUGUUUGAAGUACCACAUAAGGAGCACACAUUACAACUUGAAGACCAAAACCAUGUCGUAUGACGACAAGGAAGUCAACCAGGUAUGGCACGAAAAAGUAUUCAACUCAUCCAAAAUAGUAGAAAUAAAAAAGGCUGCACCAAACCUAUUCCUUAUAAGGAAACUGGAAGACGACAAACAAGUCACCGUCCAAGAAUACAACCAACAUCUUGAUCUCAGCGAGCUAUACCCUACAAAUAAGAGGUCCAGCUUGGCGAAAUGCCGGGCAUGUUAUAGGACUAUGUUGAAAAGAGAUUUGAAAAAGCAUUACGAUGAAAGACAUAAUAAAAUACAAAAGCACACAUGCAAUAAUUGUCAUAAGACGUUCAAAAGAUCUGUAUUAUAUGUCAGACAUGUAUGUAAUAAGGAUAGAAGGAGACGGAAGUUGAUACUUUAAUUAAUAAUGUAUUAUUUGCAAGCGACUGUGGUAGUCAGAUCUUCGUUAUUUAAUAAAGGCCUCAAACUAAUAGGGAUGAUGACAGUAUUUUAAAUUGUAUGUAAAUUAAGAGUAUGCUAACAGUAAAGCAAUUUUGUAAAAGUAACAGGGUAUCUGCGAUCAUUACUUUCGGAGCUACAGGGAUUUAAACGGUCAGAUUUGUGGCGCUGCCGCGGAUCACUGAAAAACGCCCCAUACAAAAUGGUACGAAUUAAUGACGUCGUAGAUACAUAAUGAUCGUUAGAUUUGUGUGGGUGUCAAACAAAAUUACUAAUAUCUUUGUUAUUUGUGCGUUUAUGUUUAUAGUUCAUUUAUUUAAAAAUGUCACAUUUAAUGUAAGGAAGCUAAAACUGUAUAAACUUUCAUCUAAUUACGAUAAAAGAUUUUUAAUAGAUUUUGAAAUUUUAUAAUCUUAUUUAUUUUGCAAAUAUCCAGAUAAUCCUUGCUUUUUAUGUAUAAAUUAGUUAACAUUGACCUUAUUUACUCGAAUGUAUCAUAAAAAUCAAUAUAUUCAAAUCUAGUCAUCAUCCCCAUUGUCAUAAGACGUUCUAUAUGUCAGACAUGUAUGUAAUAAGGAUAGGAGGCGGAAGUUGGUACUUUAAUUGGUGAUGUAUUUACAAGUGGCUGUCGUGGUCAGAUCUUCGUUAUAUAUAUAUCAUCGAUCUCCUUAUAAAAAGUGUAUGCACAAUCAGCAACCAAAAAACGUCCUCACUCAAUGAGUGCCAAACACAACUUCUUGGCACUCAAUUCAAGUAGACGCAUUUGCAAAUUCAACCUUAAACUCAAUACUUAAGAUUGAAUUUACUCUGAAUUUGGGAUUUUAUUGAAUAUUGGACUAUAUUUAAAGGCCUUUAGGUAUAAUGUUCUUUACCAAUAAUUCUAAAUCUGUCAAAGUAAAAUUGGCCAGUUUUUUAAGUGAAAUUUUCUACAUGAUUGUGCGUUUUAUUAUAAGAGGUCAAUGAUCUAAAGUAAUAUUUUAAAUGAAAGUAAGUCUGUCUGUCUGUUACCUUUUUUCGGAUAAACGCCUGAAGCGAUCAAGAUGAAUUUUGGUAUCAUGAUAAAUGGGACCUUGAAGCACAACACAGGGUACUUUUUGACCCUAAAUUAAAAACGUAAGGGGGUGAAAUAGGGGUUGAAAGUUUACAUUUUUACGCUUCGAAAACUAGAAAAAUACAUGAUCACGUGAACUGUCGAUUGCAAAUGUCAUACAUUUUUCUAGUUUUCGAAGCGUUAGCGAUCGUAAAAAUAGAAUCGACGAGCCACUUGGCUAGGAGGUCUGGUCACCAUAGGCCAUUCUAAUGUCUGAUUUUUUGUUAUUAUUAUUUAGUUUUUUUAUGUUGAUUAUUUUAUAGAUUAUAUUAUUUAUUUGCUGUCUCAUAGGUCCAGUAGCCAUGUUGCUUCAUAAAGGUCCGGGGUUCAAUCCAGGUCAGGUUAUGAAGCGUGGAUUUUCUUUCUUCUAACAAUAAGCAUGGUGGGUCCACACUUAUUCCAUUGGAUAUAAGGUAUGUGAAAAAUCGACAUCGAUAUCGGGCACGAUUUUUCACAUCUUCAUAACAACACCAUAAUAAAGGUGUAUACAAAAAUUUGGCGCAGUAGGAAUUUUUCCCCAGAUUGGGAGUUUAAUAUGCCUAAAAUUACUGGACAAUUAUGGGAAAUAAUAAUUCUUUAAGUAUAUUUAUUUAUUUACAAGAUACAAGAUAUUUAAAUAUAAAAUUAAUUUAUCCCAUUCCAAAUAGAAUGUAAGAUUUUCUAAGCACAGUUUGAUUAAAAAAAUUAAUUAUCCGUGCACCAAAAGGACAUUGGGUUUAUAGUAUAGUCAUGAUCAAAUGCAUUAGUCAGGGAUCCGUAGAACAUUUUGUACACCCGAUUACUAACAAGCUAAUUUUUCGUGAGUAGCUUCAUCUCGAUGAGACGAUCAACUUUUUUAUUUGCGAUAAUUCUUGAUUCUGGUAGCUAACUGAGUUACCAGGAAUUGGAAAUUGAAAAUUUCAGAAUAUCAGAACGAGAUAAUGUACGCAAUUUGUAGGACAUUGUGGUUGUCAAAUUGUAUGACUAUUAAUUAAGCAACAGUAAAAAACAGCUGGUUAGUAGAUGAUCUCAUCGAGAUGAAGCUACUCACGAAAAAUUAGCUUGUUAGUAAUUCUCUCUCUCUCUAGUCGGUACCACAUGACUGAGGAUCGUGACCACCUUGGCGAGUCAUGGUUUGGUUUACAAUGCUCCUCCAUCGAGUACGGUCGCUGGCCAUUUGGACGGCACUGUAAAAGGUGCGGGCUCCUGCUUCCUUUAGAAGAUCGGACCAUCGGGUUGGAGAGAUUCCACAUUUCCCACCACAAUAAUUUUUUCCAAGUUUUCGUUCCCACGGCGUGUGAUAUGUCCAAAAUAACUGAGGAUGCGCUGUAGACAGAUGGUUGAGAGACGUGUUUUAAUUUGAAGCUGUGAAGGAAUUGAUACAUUUGUGCGUUUGGCAGUCCACGGUACACGUAACAUUCGCCUCCAACACCACAUCUCGAACGCAUCAAUUGUUUGUCUUUCUCUGGCGUGAAUAGUCCACGUCUCUACACCAUACAGGAAAUCGGAAAAAUAAGUGCCUGGACCAGGCGUGUUUUGGUUCUGUUUGUGAUGCUUCGAUUCUUCCAGAUGUUUGCUAAUUUCGUCAUCGCAUCCCUAGCUAUUGCUAUUCUUCGCUUAAUUUCGGACACACAAGUGCCAUCAUUACAGAUCAAAGAACCCAGGUAUAUAUAAUUCACCACAGUCUCGAUUCCCAGAAUAUUGUUAGUAAUUAAGUAUACAAAAUGUUCUAGGGAUCCCUGACUAAUAUUAUUAACCUUAGUAAAAAUAUUAUGUCUGUCUGAUUUGUAGAAAUGGAUGAUUUGCAGAUUUCUUUUGUAGGAUUUUUUAAUAGCUAAUUUGUUUUUAUAACUGAAAUUGGGUGUGUUUUUUUUAUGUGUGUGUAAAUGAGCAAUUAUAUACCAAUGUAUAUUUGAAUGGUUGAUUGAAAAAAAUAAAAGAAUUGUAAAAAAUGUAUUUAUAUAUAUUUCAUAGUCUACAUAAAUGACAGUUGAAAAAAUACAUAUAAUAAUAAUUA